ACUUCCGGUGGACCAAUUGAGAAACAGGAAGUAUCACUCUGCGCAGCUGUGUUCCAGCCGGAAGUGGACGGUAGGCGCAUAGUUUGAACCACAGAUAUGCUUCAUCAAUAUGGUCCCAGUAGGCUCACGCCGUGGAUAGAGAGUCUGAUCCUGAGCUACGGCGGCCCUGAGGAUGGUAGACGUGGCCGGCUGAAGGCUCACGUCAUCGGGCUGGAUCAGAUGACUCAGUCCCAGGCGCGCGGAUGCGAAGGCCCCACGGAGCUCCUGGUUCUGUCAGACGGGCUGAUCUGGAUUCCGGCCGUGCUCACCGCCUCGGCCUGGGAGAAUCUGCAGGAGCGGGAAGACCGGGAGUACUUUAACGGCAUGAUCAACUCCACGGUGCUCAUCCAGGACUACCGGCUGCAGUUUCACAUGGACACAGAACAGAAUAAAUGCUGGUUCUACCUAUCUGUGGGAGAGCUGGGCACCAUCGCAGCCGGUCCGGUUAAAGAGCUCACCCCCUGCUACACGAGCCUCUCCUCCGUCAGGAUGAAGAUCCGUGAAACCUGGCAGAGCCUUCUGGUUCAGGAGAACUUUCAUUGGAGCCAGUGUGAGUUGGAUCUGACCCAGCUGCUGGAGGCGUGGCAGGACGACUGCCUGCAGGAGGUUCUGGAUGACAUCAGGAAGAGGUUGACGGCAGCGGACAGCCCUCCUGGACGCCAUCAACCGUCGACUUCUGCUCACAGAGCAGCUGACACCUGGCUGAGGACGGGCUGGGACGUGGACCGGGUCAGAUACAAGGGGGAGGAGAGUUUCACGGUACCGGCGAGGUGCCUUCUCAUCCCUGAGGAGGACUCCCAGCAGGUGGAGGUGCCGGCGGGCACAGGAGGAGAGGCCCACCCUGCGACAGAAGCCGAUCCACCGCAGGCACCUGGUUGGGAUGCAGGUGAGAGCUCGCCUGUUCCAGAGGACAGUCUGCUGCACGAACUCAUUCUCUCAGACUCGGAUGACUUGUCUCUGUCCAACCCCUGGGACGUUUUCCCUCCUCUGGAUGUCAGAUCGUUAUCCUCCGAUUCAUCCAGGGAAAUGACCCCGACCCCGCCAGAGUGCGGCGCUGCAGCUGCAUCCCACCCUGACGCCGCUGCCAUGGUAACCAGCACACAACUCCCAGUCCACAGCUACCUUCCACCGUACCAGAAACAGCCGACCGCCCUCCCCUCUUCGUCCACCACCUCCACAAAUCCACCCCAACCUCCGAGCUCAGACGACACAGCCCAGCAGAAUCUUUUGGUUCUGACGCCAGCUGAUCAUAACUUCGACCAGGAAAACUACAGAAAGCCUAAGAGGAAGCGGUGUGAUGUCACAGCAGAACCCGGCGUGCCGGGGCAGGAAGAGCUGAGCGAGAGCCCCCCCUCCUGGCUCUUUGACUUGACAGGAACCUCCAGAACAGAAGAACCCGUCACUCCGAGCACAGAACCGGGCCCGAGAAAGAUCCUGAACACCCACGGUGAUGGAAAGCCGUUCACGUACACCUACAAGGUGUGCGGACAGAACCUCCAGGAUCUGAGCCGGUUCAGAGUGGCCGCCUCUCUCCUGCACUGGGCCGUGAAGUACCUCGUCACUCCGAGGCAGAAAGAUCCUCCGGCGCACGCCGUCUGACAGAAUCAGAACCACGAACUGCAGCAGGUUACAUCACCUCGUGUGCUGUGCUUUUCUUCUUUGUUGUUUAAAGGAGCUCCUGCAGGUCAAGUCAGAGUGGAACCGGACCGCUGACGACUGCGGUUACGUCCCGGCUUCUCUGGGUUGAAUAAUAAAGUCAACAUUUCUAAUCACAGUAGGUGUUCGUCACACCUGACUCAAGUUUAAAUCCACAGUGGGGGUCAUGAGCCACAUGACCCCCACUGUGGAUUUAAACCCACAGCAUCUCAUUUUCAUGGGAGACACUAUCACACAGCCACUGAGCUGCUGGGGAAAAAAUAAAAAAUCUGUAGGUUUGAAUAUAAAUGUUCCAGAAUAAAGUUGUGAAUUUAUGUUACAUAAAGUCACAAUAUUACAAGGAAAAACUUAUGUUUUUUGAAAAUUAAAUGUUAUUUUUGUAGCUUUCAAAAUGUUGCAGACAAUUCAGAGAAAUCAGAUGGACAUCAGUCGCUCAGCCUGCUUUACUUAUUUGUACAAAUUUAUCUUCAUGAAAUUACAACUUUAAUUUCAAAAAUCACGACUUUUUUCUUUUCAAAAUUACGGCUUUUUAAAUUUUAAACUUACUAUUUCAUUCACAUAGAAUUUUGUUCUCAUGAAUAUACGACUUACUUCUCAUAUAUUUAUGCAGUUUUUUUUUCCUUUAUGGUGGCUCUAAAACUCCACCAUAACAAUAAAACAAGACACUUUUUUUUUGUUUUUCUUCUAGGAUGAAAUAAAGUGGGUUGCAAUACUUUGUAUGUCCAGCAGGUGUCCUCAACGUCCCAGAUUAACUUUUUUAUUCAGUUUUUAAAAAGCAAAAGUUUAAAAAGCAACAACAUGAAAGUCAAAACGUUCAAAAUGACUUUAAGGAAAAGUAAAGUGAUGAAAGUAAGUGAGGAUGUCAACAGAAGAAAACAUUAAAAAUCAACAAAAGCAAAGAGGUGGCUCAAUGAGACUCGGAGCGGAUAAAACAUUAAUUUAACAACAGCAAAA